GCUUUCGUUUACCGGUUACUUCAGAGAAGGAUAGCUGUACCGUGUUUACUACUCUUAGAAAGCAUUUCUGGCCUUGCUUGAUUACUGCUCGAAGCCACAAGACAAUACCACCGCCACUCUUCACUCGAUACACUUCAUAACAUGGAGGACCUAUACGUUGACCGUCGAAAGGCCACAAGAUCAUACCGACCAAAAAGCUACCAAAUGUCUCCUGGCCUCAUGCGCGCACGAGAACCGUACAAAGUCAAGAACGCCCUCACGGGCGUCGCACUCUCCGCUUUCGCCGUUGGUGCAUGGAUCUACGCGAUGAAUGCCGUGAAGCAGGAUACAUUCGAAGAUGUAGAUGAGGAAGCCAAGGCGAUGGUUCGGACGGGAGUGAAGAGUCUAGAGGACGAGGAGCGGGAACGGUUGGCUGCGAGGGCGAGUGGGACGGUUGCUGCACCGCCAGAGUUGGAGUUGGCGGCGCCUGCGGCUACGACAUUCGUUUCUGCAUCAAAGUCGGCACCAGCACCCACACCUGCAUCGGUAUCGGUAUCGAGUCCAACGAAGACGAGGGGUAUUUUGGCGGGGUUGGCGGAGAGGAGGAUGCCGGAGUUGUUGGAUCGAAGAGGGAAGACGUUUGUUUGGGGCGCUCCUCCUGUGGAUAGAUUUGGGAGACUGGGAGAUAGGCCAUCAUCAUAGCCAGCUAUAUUUUAUUUCUGCAUCCAUAUACAUCACAUUUC